AUGUCCACCACAACUUCACAAAAUUUCGAUCAAACCAUUCACUCCCUCAUUUCCAAACUCGUUCCCUCACAACGUUUCAUGAUCUACGGAUGCUACGGAUACACUGGUGAAUUAAUUGUCAAACUCGUUCGAGAUUGUGGACUUUUAAAAAAGGUCGUCCUGGCAGGUCGGAAUCGAUCAUCCUUGGAAGACAUGUUGAAAAGACUAAAAAUUGAUAAAUCCGAAGUGGAGUAUCAAGUAUUUUCGUUGGAUCAAGAUUCGGAGGUGAUUGAUGAACAGGUGAGAAAGGUCGAUUUGGUUUUGUUGGUUGCUGGGCCGUUUGUGAUCACUUCGAAAGCGAUGGUGGAAAGUUGUUUGAGAUGUGGAGCUCAUUAUUUGGAUAUUACUGGAGAAGCUCCCGUCUUCCAAAGCAUUCUCGAAAAUGACACGGUCAAAAAACAAGCCUGUGAAAAAGACAUUAUUCUCAUGCCAGGUGUCGGCUUUGAUGUCGUCCCAACUGACUGUCUCUCCAAAAAACUCGAAGAAGAAUUCUCCUCUCGAUUCGGAAAAGAAAAAACCACUCAACCCAACGCCCAACUCGAACUUGCCAUCAAUGUUGGCAGUACUGCUGUACAAACUUCUCGUGGUACCACAAAAAGUGCUAUCAACAUGUUGAGACAAGGCACUUGGGGAUUUCCCGAACGAGUGAAUGGUGUCAUUCAACCCAUGCCACGUGUCGUGAAAGAAUUCCCAUUUUACAAAAAUGGACAAACUGCAACUCAACCAGUCACUUGUGUGAGUGUUCCUUGGGGAGAUAUUGCCACUGCGUAUGUGAGUACGGGAGUACCAAAUGUGAGAGUUUAUUUUUCAUCUUCAAAGAAUGCUGCCACUGUGGCAAAGAUUAUGAAUAUUUGGUUGUUCAACUUUUUAUUCUUUUUAUUCUUCAAUUUGCCAUUUGUGGUUCCAUUGAUGUUUAAACUCAUUGAUUGGUUCAUGCCAAAGGGACCUGAGGAAAAUCCUGAAUCGAGAGUUCACAUUUAUGGAGAGCUAUUCCAUCGUGACAAUCCUGCAACUUACAAAGUGUGUGGAAGAGCACAGGCCAAAGCUGGUUACUUGUUCACUGCAGAUAGUGCCUUAUUGAUUGCCUUAAAGAUUUUAACCAAAACUGGAUUGAAGAAGCAUUCGGGAUGUUUGACACCAUCGUUGGCAUUUGGAGCUGAUUUUUUGAAUGAAAUUGAUGGAUGUAAAGUUGAGAUUGUCGAGGAGGAGUAA